AUGGAGUAUAAACUAGCGAGAUUAAGCCGUAAGAAGACUUCAACUUCCCUGGUACCGAAACAGCCUGGUCUCUGCCUUCCCAUGGAGGCGGAGGUGACCUUAAGCCAAGCGCUGUGGACGCUGGCGCUUCAAUUCAGCGCCUCGGUCGCACUUUUACUCCUCGGUUGGACCUUUUACUAUGACUUCACCAGGACGCAAAUCCCACCGGGAAUCACCCAGGGGGCGAAACUGCGCCUGAUGAAUUUGGCCAUGAGCCUUGUUCUCAGACUGGCCCUGAUUCUGGAGAAACUUGGUGUCUGCCACAAAUACAUCAUAUGGAGGCAACUCAUGAACGGGAUCCCCCCGGGGAGAGCACCUGACCUGACCAUCAAGGAGAUGCUUUUUGAGGCGGUCCCAGUGAGGGUCUAUUGGCCCAGGACAGCAGGUGUCGAGCCCAGGCGAGGACUGGUCUGGAUUCACGGUGGAGUGGGCUUCUUUGGCAGCCUCCGAGCUUACGAAAGGUUCUGCCGCUUCAUCGCCUGGGAAAGCACCACGGUGGUCGUGUGCAUCAGAUUCCCCUUGGCACCGGAGCACCCCUACCCAGCUCAGCAACUCAGCUGCUACGCUGCCGUGUCGCACUUUCUGAAGAAUGCGGGGGACUAUGGGGUGGACCCCCAGCGGGUUGUGCUGGCUGGCGACAGCAGCGGAGCUGGCAUCAUUGCUGCCAUUUCCCAGCAGCUGGUGAUGAGAACUGACCUGCCGCGUGCCCGGGGCCAUGUGCUGCUCUACCCUUUUCUCCAAGCUCUGGAUUUCAAUCUGCCUUCCUAUCAGCGGAACCACUCCGUUCCCAUAUUAUUUAAGAAACGGGUUAUCCGUCUUGGCAUGCUUUAUCUUACGGGAAGGAAUGUCAAUGUUGAUGAAAUUAUGGGCAAUGCCCACGUUCCCCAGGAACUCAGGGCAAAGUACCGGAAAUGGAUCAGCGCAGAACUCAUUCCGGAGGAGUUCAAAGUCUCGCCUCACGAGCCGUUCGUACCCAGUCCGUUUUCAGAAGAUCUUUACCAAGUUUGCAAAAGAGUAUUUGAACCCACGUUUUCCCCGCUCCUGAUGGAAGAUGUCAUCCUACGACGGUUUCCGGAGACUUUCCUUCUAACUUGCGAAUACGACAUUUUCCGAGACGAUGGUCUGCUGUACAAGAAACGGCUGGAAGAUAACGGGGUGCCUGUCACCUGGUGUCACCUGAAGGAUGGAUUCCACGGGAUCUGCCUGCUGACCGGUUUGGGGCCCCUGGAGUUUCCCAGUACGAGGAAGAGCACGAAAAGCAUAAUCCAGUUCCUAGAGCGGUUCUAGAAAUCCAUCAGCCUCAUUCCUCUGCUUUGUUCUUCCUCACCUUGCCCCACAGAUGUUGGCCCUGUGAGUUCACCCGGUUGUCCUGCUUACCUGACAGCCCACCAACCCUCGCCCUCGCCCUCCCUUUCAUAGCCCACCAGUCAGGUAGCCUGGUGUCAGCGCUGGGGGUUGUGUCAUGACACAUAAUGGGCUUUCCCCAUUCAAAGGAAAGAGGACCUCCCCAGUGGGAAGUUGAAGGGGCAGAGGGGUACUGUGGACGGGAGAGUGCCGGAUGCCGAAUGGUGGCAGUCUCUGUCUCUUUAUAGACAGAGACUGCAGUCUGCGGGAGUAUCCAUCUUUUGGAAAACCUAGUGUGGCUCUUUCAGUCAAUCUCUAUUCCCACAGGUAGA